AUGAAGCUCGUUGCUCUCGCCCUUCUCGCUGCCUCGGCCGCUGCCCAGAACGUCGCUGGCAAGUACGACAAGUGCCUCACGGGAUGUCUCGAGCAGACGGCCAAGUCGGUUUCGUGCACCCUGGACAAGCCUGAGUGCUACUGUGGCUCGAACAACCUCAACAUCGCUACGUCCACCUACGCUCUCUGCAUCAGCAAGGACUGCAAGGACCUUGACUCGCAGGUCAUGGCGAGCGGCGUGUACGGCCAGAUCUGCUCCAACGUCGCUCUGGGUGGCUCGACGAACAACCAGGGCAUUCCCUCCGCCGGCGCCACCUCCCCGAGCGCUGAUGCGUCCAACGCUGCUCCCUCAGCCGGAGCCGCUUCGGCUUCCGACAAGGCUGCUCCCGCCAGCGGCAGCCACUCGAGCGCUGCUGCUGCUGCCUCUGCCUCCGCGUCUGCCAAGCCUAACAGCGGCGCCACGCAGCUCGGCGCCUCCGUUCUCGCCGUCGGUGGUGCUCUUGCCGCCUUCCUCGCCUAA